AUGACAGCUAGGCAGAGGUGGACUCCUACGCCACUGCAGCUUCAGAUUCUGGAGCGUUUAUUCGAUCAAGGCAUAGGAACACCGAGCAGGCAAAAGAUCAAAGACAUAACAAAAGAGCUUAGUCAACACGGUCAGAUUGCUGAACAGAACGCCUACAACUGGUUCCAGAACCGGCGUGCUCGUUCCAUGAGGAAGCAGCAUGGUGUUGGUGUUGGUUCUUCUAAUAACAAGAAUGGUGAGUCUGAGGUAGAGACUGAGACACUGAAUGAGAAGAGAAAGAGGCCAGAUGGUCUUCUUGCUCUUCCUGAUGGAAACAACAACAACAAUCUCAUUGGGACAACAACUACUACUAGUCCUAGGCAUGAAGAGCUUUGCUUCCAGUGCCCUGAGAUGAGAUCAAAUCUUCACUUACUAGGAGUCCAUUCAGACCCAAGGGAUGAGCAUCUUGUUGGAAAUCUGGGGUUGUCUGAUAGCUACAACCUUUAUGAUCAUGUUUGA